AAGGCACUUAAACUGAAAACAAAACAAAUGGGAAAUGCUUGAAAUAUCCAUAAAGUUCUUUAAAAACGAAAUAAUUAAGUUUUAAUCCUCAAUUUAGAUGUGAUUUAAUGCUUUUUUUUAUUCGUUCUUCAAUCUGUUGUUUUUAAAUUAAAGUUUUUUCCACGAAAUUAAUAAAACUAACUAAAUUCACAAAGCUAUAAAAUAAAAAGUUUCAAUUAAAUUUAGCAAUAUUAUGCAUUUAACAAUCUAUUUAAAACUAAUUUAGAUGCUGUUUUACUUUAUUUAUGUAUGUACAAAACUUAUUGAAUAAUAAUUAGAAUGUACCAAAAAGCAACUACUAAACAAAUAAAAGACAGAUUCCUUAGGUGUAAUAUUAUAACUUAGGCAAGUGUGCAAAAUUUCAUGACAUAAUAAACCAUAAGCUCACAGUAACAAUUACUGAAAUUUAUUAGAUUUUUGGAAGGGUGAGCUUUCAUCAUAUCCUACAUAUUUUUUUUCAAUUUUUGAUGUCAAUAUUAUUAUAAUAACUCAUUAUUUGACCUUUGUUUGUUGAACUUCAAAAAAAAAGUUUACAAAAUAUUAACCGGUAAUAAAUAAAAGCUUCCAUCAUUACCAUUAUUAGGUUAAUCUUCAUUUAACUUUCGAUUUGAGAACAAUCAAAGAAAUAUUUUUUAAAUUCACUCUUCAGAAUGAUUUAUUAUAUUUUGGCUGCAAUUGCACUGUUAACUGCACCCGUAUUAUCAUAUUCAAGUGGAGCUCCAACAGCAGUUUGUGACACUUUAGCGCCACAGCACGGUGGUUUAUUAAGUCAAGAAACAAAUGUACCGUAUACCUUAACAUUAAGCUCAACUUCGGUUAAUGAUGUUGAACCAAUAAGUAUUACUUUAAAAGGCAAUAGUGAAGCUGAUGUUAUUAAAGGAUUUGUUAUACAAGCUAGAGUUAAUGGAAAACCAGUUGGUAAAUUUGAGCCACAGGGACUUUCACAAACUAUAGAUUGCUCAGCCCCAGGUGAUACAUUAACUCAUAAAAAGAUCUCAAAAGAUAUUAAUCAAAUUGACGCUAAAUGGUAUCCCAACAGUGGUUUAAAAGGUCAAAAUGUACAAUUUGUUGCAACUGUAGUGCAGCGCGGAGAUAUUUUCUGGGUGCAAAAGAUCAAUGAAUCUGUUCAAGUUGUUUAAAGAAAUUAAAGAAAGAUUAAAAUUGAAAUUGUAUGAUUAAAUAAUAUUAAAAUGCUAAAAUAAUAUUAUAUAUGUAUGUUGAUAUAUUAAAAAAAAAGUUAUGUAUGUAUAAUAAAUUAAAAUUAUUGAAAACUGUAAGAAAAUAAUAUUAGUGGUAAUAUGGAAAAUUUAGCAAAGGAAAAUUUUUGAUUUGCUUUAUAAGCAGUUUUUGUAACGAAGCAUAAAUAUAAACGUA